CAUACGAAAACGAAAGUGCUUGCGAAGCAAUUCGAGAGAACCUUCUUCGUAGAUGAGCUUGUCAAUUGUUUUGCCGGUUUCAUAGUAGUAUUCAUCGAAAUGUAGGACUCAAAAUUCUUCACACGACCGAUAAAGGAAUGUUCGAGUUUUAUCGAUUAUGAAUGCGGGGGAAUGAAGCGAUUUGGACAAACGGAUCUUAACCAUUUAUCUUCUAAACGCACAAUGUCUUUUAAUACACUACGAACUCCGGGGAACGAUAACUCUCAGAAACGAAGGGCUGACGAUCAAUUCGUGGUCAAGGUUACAGGCGGAAGAUCCAACUCUUCGAGUCACGAAGAUGUUGCCCAAUCACUAAAGAGGUCUGGCUUCCUAUACGAUCUAACCGAGUCCUCGGUUAUACCGACCGCAACCAGUGCUACAUAUAGAAAGUUCCGACUCAAGAGAAACGGGAUGAAAAAGACGGAGUUUUUCAAAUACUUGCGGAGAAAAUGGUGCUCAUUUAUUACCAAGUCAGUGCCAGAGUUUUGGCUAGAGUCCGAGGAAACCCCUGAAAGCACUUUUGCGAAAAGUGGCUCAAUCCCAGGUAGCCAGAAUUUACCGAUAAAAAGUUUCAGUCUUGGAAGCUUUUAUAAUCGGGGGACAUUCAUUGAGCACUAUACCUCUGAUAGCGACCUUGAAUCGAUCAAAGACAUGACGGUGGAAUGUGAGCACGACUUAAAGAAGAUGGCAAUUGUAUUCAGUCAUCAGUUCGGUUUGAGAGGUUUUAAUAUCAUCAUGGAUGAAUAUGAAAACAGGGUGGAGUUUGAAUACAAGCAAUUUGAAGAGUUCGUACUUGUAGAUGAGAAUCGAGACGAAGGGAGAAUUGAUAUUUAUUUUCCAUUACAAUGGCCGGGCAAAGUAUCCAAGGAGGAGAAAAAUGGUGAGCACUCCACCUUCAUCCGUCAGUCCAAGUUGUUAUCCUGUGGACGUGAGGUCCUGGGACAGAGCUCUGUCCUGCGUCUGCGCUUUGAAUUCGCUGACGACAAAGAAGCUAUUCCACCAAUACAGCUUGCGGCGAAACUAGGGAAACUGGGUUUUAGAAUUAAUUUCACUUCCAUGUGGACCAAGCCUCCGCGUGGACCAUCCGAGAUGCCGUCAAAACCCUACCUCGAUUUUGAUGUUAACUUUGCCUUAGAAUGCCUUUUGUCACGCGGAUACAGCGUCACGGAUCGCGUAACGCGGGCAUUCUACGACGUCUUGCGUGACCCAAAUCAUGACAAGAACAAAGUUUGCAACGCCCUCAAUAUCCUUAUUGCAGCUGUGGAAAAGGACCGGUUUUGCCCUCUUGAAGAGAUCUUCCGUGGCCUGGUCGGCGGCUAUAAAGCCUUGUCAGAGCUAGAGGUCCCUACUCAUUUUGUCUACGUCCCAAGGAUUAUCAUCACUCCUACUCGGGACUUCUUCGUCCAACCCGAGCUCGUAGCCGAGAACCGAGUGAUCCGCGAGUACGGUCACGAGUUCUCGAUGCGGAUCGCCUUCAGAGACGAGGAUUUUUCCAAGCUAUCGGCUUCUAGUCCCGGUGGGCUAAGUCUCCUCCUCGAGGAAAGAGUAAAAGGUGUGCUGUCAAGUGGUGUCUCGAUCGGCGGUAGACGUUACGAGUUUCUCGCUUGCUCCAACAGCCAAUUAAGACAGCAUGGCGCGUGGCUUUACGCGCAUGACGGAGAGCAUGAUGCCGCUGAGAUCAGGAGUAAAUUGGGCGAUCUUGAGGAAAUACGCUGCGUGGCGGUGUUUGUGUCCCGUAUGGGGCAGUGUUUUUCGUCGACCAAGAAAUCAGUGGAAGUGAGCCUUGACAAUGGUGUUAGGAUCGAGAAGAUCCCCGAUGUCGAGAAGGAAUACAACAAUGUACUCUUUCCUUGCUGUGGUAACGUAAGAUCUGGUGUCUACAUCUUCUCUGAUGGGAUCGGAAAGAUUUCUAAGGACCUCGCGAAUAAGGUGGCCAAAAGUCUUGGGCUAGAAGCUGUAGAAGUGUUCCCAUCAGCAUAUCAGAUUCGCUACGCUGGAUGCAAGGGUAUGCUAGCGGUGGAUCCGAGUCUCCGAGGAGAAGUACUGCAAUACCGUGAUAGCAUGAAAAAGUUUCAGUCUUCACAUAAGGCGCUUGAGAUCUGUGAGCCUUCUCGUCCAAACAGAUUGUACUUUAACCGCCAGUGUAUCACUCUGCUCUCGGGACUCGGUGUCCCGGAUGAUGAGUUCAUUCGCCUGCAGGACAAAAUGCUAAUGGACCUCGCUUCCAUGCUUCUGUAUGAGACGUCAGCCUUGGAAUCACUCGGCCGCAUCAGCAUCGCAGGGGGUCUAAAGGUCUCCCUUAUACGUCACAGUGGUAUUGUGGUCACCUGUGAGCCGUUUUUUCGCUCCAUGCUUUUGGCAAUCUACAGAAGCAGACUGGGCGAUUUGCUGCGAAGAGCCCGGAUUGCUAUCCCAGAAUCCCAUGGUCGUCUUCUAAUGGGAGUUUUGGAUGAAACAGGAAGCCUGGAUUAUGGCGAAGUGUUCAUUCGCUACACUACAGAACUCGGGAACCCUGGUCAAGGCUACACCAUCCUUACAGGGGACGUGGUAGUCAGUAAGAACCCUUGUUUCCAUCCCGGAGACAUGCGCAAAUUCAACGCAGUAGACAUCCCAGCACUUUAUCACCUGGUCGACUGCAUCGUUUUUCCCGCCAAAGGGCCACGACCGCAUACCGAUGAGAUGUCAGGCUCAGACUUAGAUGGCGACAAAUACUUUGCAACCUGGCUAAGGGGAAUCAUCCCAGAUCGAGAUAACGAGCCACCAAUGGACUUCUACCCGCCCAAGAAGAAAAUGCUAAACAGACCCAUCGAGGUGUCAGACAUGAUCCAGUUCGUAGCCGACUACAUCAAAAACGACCAGCUUGGAGUGAUCGCCAACGCCCACUUGGUGCACGCGGAUAGCGAGCAGGAUGGAAUUUUCUCAGACAAAUGCAUAAAACUAGCGCAUAUGCACUCGGACGCUGUGGAUUUUCCGAAAACUGGUGAAUGUCCGGAGUUAACCAAAGAACUACGGCCCGAACAGUAUCCUGACUUCAUGAUGAAGCCAGACAAACCGCGAUACGUGUCACAUAAUGUCCUUGGGAAACUUUUUCAAAAGUGUAACUCUUUGGAGCGCGCAAGACGCUUUAUGACUGGCGACUCUACCAAAGACAUCACAGUAGACCAAGACAUGAUCCUUGAGGGACACCAAAGCUAUCUCGAGGAUGCUAUAGAGCAGCGGGACCGAUACAACGCGAAGCUUGAAGCACUUAUGGCUCGCUAUGGGCUAGAGAACGAGGGGGAAGUUCUGACAGGAUGUCUUAACAGGGUUAGCUCACGACUUUCAGGCAAGACAGACGAGAAAUUCGAGGUUGCGCAAAUGAUACAAGCGAGUUUAGCGUCAACGAGAAAUAACCUACGACACGAGUUUUACGAAGAAUUCGGAGGGGAAACGAAUGUUCUAGACUUCUUCAAGAGGGAGGAGAGCUUUCCAGACGGAGUCCUUCAGAAAGCGUCUGCCUGGUACGCUGCUACUUACCAGAAUCAUCCAUCACGCGAACGAGAAGAGAGUGCAAUGAGUGCUGCCCAGAGCUCAGGAAUACCCAGUGACUUUGCUGCGCUAAGUAUGUCACAUGCACCAGGGCCCAAAACGAGGUCUAUGGCCAAAAAGGAAAAGGAAAACAUCGAGACGGUACUACUGAGUUUUCCAUGGGUCGUUGACCGACUUCUAUCUCAUAUCAAGCAAGAAGCAGUCAAAGUAAGCCAAGAUAAUGGGGUGCCAAAGACCCUAGAGGGGAUCCAAGAACUCGUAUCUGAACAAGCAAGACACCAUUUCACGACAUUGAAGCUGACCAUGCUGGAAGACUUCGAAAUCCGUAGACGGCGUAGAAUAAUGACUAUGGGCCUCAUUCGCGUUCAAGGCGUCAGGCUUUGCUUGACGGGCUCUUCCCUUCACUUGCUAGAAACUGGCGGUAAGAACGUGCCCCCGGUAAAACUUUUCGCCUACUUUGAUUGGAGCACCACUAAAAGGUUGCAAGGUUUAAAUCUUGAAAGGCUAGCCAGAGCACUUGAACCUUCCUAUGGUAGACAGAUCCCAAGAGGAAGUCCUCCACUUCUUUGCUACAAAUCCCAAUCUGCAGGGUCCCCCGACUUGCACAUCUCAGCCGAUCUGUCCCAGAUGCUAAAGUCUGCGUACAUUAUCGCGCACUUGCUUUCCCGGCCCAAACUGAUACAUGUUCUGCUGGUACUGAUGCACUGGGGGCGGCGUAGGCAUAUCGUCGGAGAGGCAAGGGAUAGCUUCAUGUCUACGGAAGACCUCGGCGUGUUAUUCUUGACUUUCUGUGAGAAGGAGCAGCUAGUUGACCAGAUUUCCAGGCAAUCCGCAUUCGAGCAUGCAAAGGAACUGGUUUCAGAUCCUACUGGCAAGGAGGAAUAUAUCAAGCAAGAAAUCUUUGGCCCUGGCCUUGAAAAUAGCGACCUCAAUACUGGCUUCGGAAAUGCGCUUGUCGGAUUUUUUAAAAGCUAUAGCUUGGAUCCUGGUGGCGAUUCAGAAAACUCACUAAAUAGACUACAAAACCCUGUAGAUCCCGGAAACUUUUUGUUCCCCGAAGAGCUGAGCAACGAGCAGAUUAAAAGGUUUUGUGAUGCCGCUCUGCACGCCUACCACGAGAUAGCCACGUGCAACGGACUCGACAGCCUGCUGAAGAACUCUGACCAGGAUCUUCUGAAGGAACUAGAAGAAUCGCUAUCUCUCCCCAGGACCACCUGGGGUGCUGUUCGCUUCGCGGAGGAUUUUGUGUCUAUUGGGCUAAAGAAAUUGACCGGCGCCUCUAUCUUCAUCCGCCCAGUGAAGAAAGGGCCUGGAUACGUUAUGGAGAUAACUGGUACGUACCUGACACUGUUCAAGGCACAGACGGAGCUGUACCGCAUGGAACAACUAACUCAGGAUACCUCAGCCUACAACCACCUCGUCAAGAACGGCAAAAGAUUCAUCUUCAUGGGUCAGAGCGGACCUUUAGAUAAUGUCUGUGCAAAACAGCUGAAGAAAGGAGACUUUGCGUUAAAUCUCAUAGAAGUUACCAGUGAGAGCGGUGUAGACGAGGUGAAACUGGUGAAAGCCGUCGAAGAACAGUUUAAGGUGACGGAGCUCCGUCUUGAUUACCUGCACGGGUCACGUGACCUACGUGUGAGCGUAGAGUUCGGGAGCAUUUACGUGUGCAAUGGGCAUCAAUGGGUUAUCGGAGCGAAGGUGCAGCAAGUGGAGGACACACUGAGAAGGGGUGGAGCACAUGGUUCUCCCUCAGUCAAAUGGAACCCGCAAAGAACAUUCGCACAGUCCUGGCGGGCAGCAUUUCCUGACGCAGUUCAAACCAGCACGACCUCCAAGUACGUCCUCGAGGUGAAACAGGGCAAACAUAGCGGCCUAACGAUAGUCUUCAACGACAAGCUGGAGUUCGAGUCGUUCCGGACCCCGCCAUUCAGGUGGCUCGAAGUGGACAUGAAGUCCCCACGUGCAACGAGCGCUAGAACCGCAGACACAGACAUACGCCUCAUUAUGACGUCACAGCGAGAAAUCACGAGGGAAGACGCCGAGUCUCUCCCCAACUACCAAUCAUACGCCUCACAGCGCAUGCUACAGAUGGAGAAUAAUAACGUAAGCAUUGCGCCCGCAUUCCGCAGCAAAGUGGCAAGCCCGCGUAAGGAGAUGACCAGCAUUUACCGAGUGAGUACUGGGGUCGUCUUCCUCGAGGAGUGCACAAGUGUGGGGAUUGGGCCGAAUACCCAGGCUAAGACGAAUGUGACACUGUUUGCGAAGGAGCUUUCAGGCGAUGCGCCCCGAGAGGCUGCUAAGGCGGUGCUGCGUGCCGCAAAGACCCUGAGACCGUACAUUCGCUGAGACCCUGAGACCGUAGAUUUGCUGAGACCCUGAGACCGUACAUUCGCUGAGACCCUGAGACCGUAAAUUCGCUGAGACCCUGAGACCGUACAUUCGCUGAGACCUGAGACCGUACAUUCGCUGAGACCCUGAGACCGUACAUUCGCUGAGACCCUGAGACCGUACAUUCGCUGAGACCGUACAUUCGCUGAGACCUGAGACCGUACAUUCGCUGAGACCCUGAGACCGUACAUUCGCUGAGACCGUACAUUCGCUCAGAUUGUAACACCAGCUAAAACCAGCAGCUUAUAACAGACGGAUGAAAGCAGAAACUUUAAAACGCGAAACAAACAAAUGAGACCAGAAAUACUGAAACGUGUAACAGAGCAUCCUCGGGGACCCAGGGCGACGCGGAAAGCGGAAGCGGGAGCAAGCGCGAAGGCGAAAGAGGGGAAGCAGACGCUUACCCUCUUUCUGUACUCCAAACCCUUGUAUCAUUCAGAUAAUCACACGUCUGAUAACUAGUGUUUUUUUAUUCUUGAAUUUCUUCUGAGAGAUGAUGUUAACUGACGAUAUAAUCAGUUUAUAAGCGUAAAUUUCAGUGGCGUGAUGAAGUUUUAGCAUGCUUAGAUAGUAGUUGAGAUUUGCCCUUGAUCCCAUUGUUUCAACCCAUACUUUCAAGCUCGGGUGGAUCUAAUAAUUCAUUUAAUCGAUUACACAAACGUUAAAAUAAAAACACAAUACACACACACACAGCAUGUUUCACAUUAUAACAAAAACUAUCAUUCAAAUAAUUAUUUAAAAAGUUUUCUUACAGGUUUUGAUUUUUAAUUAUUUCAUUCCUCUGUUUGUAAUUUCAACGUAUAACGAGGUGGUGCGUACUUUGUAACGUCAUUAGUGCUGAAACCCUAACACGCAAAGAUAUAAGCCAUUCGAUUGAUUUUAGAGCCACCUGUCUUUGAUAUAAAACUUAUACGUGAAUAAAGCAGUUGAUUUUAAUAAAGCAGUCUCUAUAUGUGAA